UAUGCAAACCUAAAACCACCUCUAAAACCCUACAACAACACUUGCUUUGUUAGUCUCAGACCCGAUCAUUUUCAUUUGCAGAAACCCUAGAAAAUGUCGUCCUCAACCUCCAUUCGCCAUCUUCGCCAUUUCUCAUCCACCGCCAAAUCUGCAAUCUCCAUCUCCAAAGCAAAGUUGAAGCUCCGAAGCGAGUAUGAUCCAGACAAAGCUCUCCAAAUCUACUCCUCUGUUUCCGAUCACUACGCCUCUCCAACCAUAUCUCGCUACGCUCAGGACCUCACCAUUCGCCGCCUCGCAAAGUCCCGACGUUUCACCGAUAUCGAAGCUCUCAUCGAGUCACAUAAAAAGGAUCCCAAAAUCAAGCAAGAACCUUACUUGUCUACUCUCAUUAGGUCGUACGGAAGAGCUGGAAUGUUCGAGCAGGCGAUGAAGACCUUCGAACAAAUGGACGAAUUGGGCACUCCCAGGUCUGUGAUUUCUUUCAAUUCUCUUUUAACGGCUUGUAAUCAUUCGAAACUGUUUGAUAAAGUUCCUGAAUUGUUCAACGAUCUUCCUAAGAAAUACGGCGUUUUGCCUGAUAAAGUGUCUUAUGGGAUAUUGGUCCGGUCGUAUUGUGAGGCUGGGACACCUGAGAAGGCUUUAGAGAUCGUUGCAGAUAUGGAAAAGAAUGAUCUUGAGGUUACUGCUGUAACUUAUACGACCAUAAUGGAUGCUCUGUAUAAGAAGGGCCAGGCUGAUGAGGCUGAUAAGUUGUGGAAUACUAUGCUUGAAAAUGGUUGUGAAGUUGAUGUUACAGCUUACAAUGUUAGAAUAAUGCAUAGCCAUGGCGGUGAACCAGAGACUGUUAAGGCUAUGAUUGAAGAAAUGAGGAAUGCUGGGCUUAAACCUGAUGCUAUUAGCUACAAUUACUUGAUGACUAGUUACUGCAAGAGUGGGAUGUUGGAUGAAGCUAAGAAAGUCUUUGAUGGGCUUGAGGGAAAUGGGUGUAAUCCGAAUGCGGCAACAUUUAGAUCUUUGAUAUACUAUUUGUGUAGGAAUGGGGAUUUUGAUAAAGGGUAUAAGAUUUUCAAGAAAAGUGUGCAGGUUCAUAAGAUUCCGGAUUUUAACACAUUGAAGCAUUUGGUUGAGGGGUUAGUGAAGAAGAAGAAGAUUAAGGAAGCUAAAGGAAUGAUUCGGACUAUUAAAAAGAAAUUCCCUCCUAAUGUAUUGGUUUCUUGGGGGAAAGUUGAAGAGAGCCUUGGUUUGGUUUCUGCUUCUUCUGAGGCUCAUGCAGCUACUGAUGAUGAGGAUGAAGAGGCUGCAGCAUGAGAUGAUGAUGAUAAUAAUCUGUUUGAAUUGAUAAGUAUUGGCAGUGCAGGAUAUAGAGUUUUAAUCUUUGAAUUGACUAUGGUAUCAUGAAAGUGUAAAAGCUUUAGUUUUUCUUUAUCUGUGAUGGGAAUUCAGAGUUAGCUUUUUUUCCAAUGCUUAUUCUGCCAUUUUGUUUAGAGCUUCAUCAUUUUACUGCUAGUGAAAAAUUACAUUCUUUUUUUUAACACCA